AUCCUUUUAAAUUACGUUUGCCAGACUCAGCAGAACCUUUGCCGAGAUUAGAAACGUUGUUAAGCGCCGCCGGAGCGUGCGGGCUAUUAUAAUGGUAGCGCCAUUCACAAACAAGAGUUUGGGAACGUUUUAAAAGAACUUUCUAGUCAAAAUCGAUUCUAGAAUGUAAUAAAACAUUCAGUUACAAAGCGCCAACAUAUUGAGGAGCGCUAGACUAAAGCGCGCCAACUGCGCGAAUCUGCGUCAGAAGUGAUUUUCCUGAUUUCGCUGGGUCGUAACGUGACAGUCUGGAGUCACCGGGCCCACGGCUCUGCUACAAAGCCUUCUCAAUGACUCCCGUGAAGGGGGAGGGAGGGGGACAUUGAAUUGAUCCCAGUCAGAGUCUGUUGAGACGCCCGGAAGCUCCCGGAGCCAGGCGGCUGCGCAUGCUCACACGCCGCGGCCUCUUACCCCCAGAAACUAUUCCAAGUAUGUGCAGGCAGCGGAGAGGCGCACACACAUCGGCUGAAGGGAAAGAGCAGACACACAGAAAGUGCUCAGGAACAGGGAGCGUGUCCGAGCGCUAAAGGACACACAGCCGCGUCCUGGGAGGGACAGAUAUGGAGUCCCGUGAUUGUGGAACACGGGGAGCUCAGGGGGAGGCAGCCGGCUACUGCUCUCUGCCCUGGGGAAUAUCCUGCUGAAGCUGCGGGGCAAACAGGGGAGGAAUGGCUGAUCCUCUGCGGAGGACAUUAUCCAAACUGCGGGGGAAGAGAUCCAAGAAGGGGCCGGCGGGGGGACUUGGAGCCGAAUGUAACGGAGAAGGUAAAGAGCAGCGAGGGGGCACGUACAGGGGUCCUGCAGAGGAGAGCUCUGGGGAGGGGAAGCCACUAGUGGGCUGCGAGGGGCAGAGUCUCGGGGGGCAAACUCCAGCAACUUCCCGGGACUUUAUGGCAACUGCACAAAUCGGGCCGGAAAGCACAGAAGGGACACUGGGCUGGUGCAGCCAGAACCACAAUAAUAACAAUGAUGCUGUGCUAGGGGGUGCAGAAGUUAGCAGCUCGGACACAGCAGGGUUUGUCCUGACUAACGCACACCAUUCCUAUUUUAAUGGGGUAGAGGUUCGGUACAAUGGGGUGCAAAGUGGGCACCACUCCAUACCACAUUCCGUGUCUCAUGGGAUCAGUAGGAUUAAGGACAAUGAGGGGAUUUUCCCCUGUGGAAAGUAUCAAAACUGUAAUCUGUCUCCUCUGUAUCCCCCUGAAUAUACUUCAUAUAGCCAUAGUGCUGGUGCUGAAAAGCAGUGGGUAUCACCCCACAGUGCCCCAGUUUCUUCAUGCCCCUUGACUUUCUUUUACCCUCAGCCUCCCCAGGCAAGGACUGUGCAGGAGUCUCAAACCGAGUUUGUGCCCUCAACAUUCAUUCCCAGUCACUCGGGUACGUUAGGUGGCAGCCACAUGGUGACCCCAGAAUACAGUGCUCCGUCACAGGAUUACUCUAAAUUAGUGGGUACCUCUUUCUAUAGAAUUACCCAAAACAACUCGGAGGACAGUGAGGAAGAUGAUUAUUAUGACAAUGACAAUUUGUUGGUCCCUGCAGUGACUGAACCACAAUAUAAUAGCAUCUGCAUAGGGCACGAUGGGCUAUCACCUAGGUCUGAACAGCUGAACAGGACUGUUUCACCCCAAGGGGAUUAUUCAGGAUACCAGCAGAGUAAAGGCACUGGGAAUAUCUAUCUAGAGACUGACAGGCUGAGGUCUCAGUUGCAGGAGGCUUAUUACUUAUUAAUCCAUGCCAUGCAUGAUUUACCUCUUGAAAACCAAACCAGCAAGAUAGCUGCUAAAGUAGAAAGGUGCCCCUCCAGUUCUCAGUCCCAAGACAGUGUUUAUUCUCAGUCCUCUGUCAGAGCUAUAGAAAGUGACGUUUGGUCCUCUGAUGAGGCAAGCCCAAAGCAAGUGUCUCAGAGUGACCUGGUGUCCCUUAAUGCAUUGAGGAAUUUAGAAAUUAAUAGAUUCCACAGCUGUAGCAAAAGUUUGGAUGCCAUAUACACCAUGCCAAUUCAGGAAACCUUGCAGAAGUUUCAUAGCGAUAGUCUUAUUAAGUACAGCACACUGACUAGCUCAGUAUCUCCAAACUGUGGCAUCGAAGACAGUCAGGGUUCUGUUUGCCACCAAGCUGACACAUAUAUGGACUGUAAGGGAGAUGUUUGCCCCCAGUCCACUACCAGAGCCAUCAGCAGUGAAAUUUCUGGGGUUUGUAAUCAGACCCAAUCUGAUUACCUACAUGAAGGAAAACCUGUCUAUGAGCAUGUGACCUGUAACACUGUUACAGCUGAUAGCCAGGGCCAAGUGCUUUCACAGAAACCAUCUGGAUUAACUGUAAAGAAGAUGCAGAAAUGGAUGUACAAAGGACGAUUAUUAUCUUUGGAAAUGAAGGACCGAAUUAUUGGAUCCUCUCAGAGAACCACUGGGUCCUGCAGACUGACUUCUAGUGGUACAAGCGACAGACCUGAACUUCCCCAGACUAGUUCAUCUGCAUCACUGAAAAUGCCUGGAGAGAGCCAAGGACCCCCUGUGACAGAUUUAAUUGAAAAUGUCUAUGCUUCAACAGUCGUCAGAAAAGAGCUCAAAGUCAUCGAGGCAAACGAGCACAAUUUACAGAAAAAUCGCAUCACAGUGUCAAAGAAACGGAGUUGGUUAAUCCAGAGCAGCCACAAAUAUCAGCAACGGGAAGAGAAUAAUGGCCCUAAGAGGCCACCUGACAGUAACCAGAUACAAAACUCUUAUAGCUUUAGGCUCAAACAACAGCAAACUUUAGUCUCAGUGGAAAAAAAUAGCUGCAACAGAACCCAAGUGCCUUGCAAUGAGGUUGUUCAGCCGACCCCAGCAAACCCCUUAGUACUGCCCAACUCUGUCACGGACCACAAUGAAGAUAAUGAUGCAGAUGAUGAAGGAGAAAUUUGGUACAAUCCCAUUCCUGAAGACGACGAUCAGUACCUGAGCACAGACAAGACUUCAUGCCAGAUUGCUACUGUUUCAGGAAGUGAUUUAUUGAAAACAUCAGGGAGCCCUGGAGGACUUCCACGUUCUGCAGUAUGUGUGGGGGAUAUGAUGCAGAUGUCUCCUACCAGUGAGAUUAAUCAUGCAGAUGCCUUACAUUCCAAUGACUAUUGCACGCAGCUGCACAAGCAGAACCUUACUUCUAAGGCUCAAAUGGCACCAUCUGAAGAAGUGACUCCGGCCCCUAAAUCGAAUGAAUCAGGUGCUGGUGUUCAGAGCCCUAUCAAGCCCAUUUCUCCUACAGCAACAGAAUUUUCUCCUCCAUCUAGUCCAAAUCCUUCAAAAAGGGCAGGAAGUAUUAAUUGGUCUUUUCCUGAUAAAAUUAAAUCCCCAAGGACUGUCAGGAAGCUGUCCAUGAAGAUGAAAAAGCUACCAGAACUCAGCAGAAAAAGAAGCAUCAAAGGAACAUCAAAUGCAGACCAUGCCCCUUCUGUGUCAAAAAGUAACUGCCAAGAUAUAAGCCAUACAGCAUCCUUAUCUUCCUCUGGAAAUGCAACAGCUGCUGCCAGUAGGAAUGUCAUUAGCCGAUACCACCUCGAUAGCAGUGUGUCAUCCCAGCAAAACUAUAAGAAAAAAAACUCUGGGAGCUCAAAAUCCUCAAGUAAAGGGGGCUACCUCAGUGAUGGUGACUCCCCUGAACUUAUAGCAAAGUCAGGUAAACAUGGAGCAGACAAUAGGGCCACAAAGGGAAAGGAAGCACUUGCAGGCAGUAAUACAAAAUCUGAUAUAGACAUUGAUGCAUUUCGGCAUUAUAGCUUUUCCGAUCAGCCCAAGUGUUUUCAGUAUAUAUCAGGACUCAUGAGUCUUCAUUUUUAUGGAGCAGAGGAUUUGAAACCUCCAAAAAUAGACUCAAAAGAUGUAUUUUGUGCAAUCCAGGUUGAUUCAGUGAAUAAAGCAAGGACUGCUCUUCUUACCUGCAGGACAACGUUCUUAGAUAUGGAUCACACAUUUAACAUUGAACUUGAAAAUGCACAGCACUUGAAGCUAGUAGUGUUUAGUUGGGACCCAACACCUCGCAAAAACAGAGUUUGCUGCCAUGGAACUGUUGUGCUCCCUGCACUUUUUAGAGUGACAAAGACACAUCAGCUAGCUGUUAAAUUAGAGCCCAGAGGGCUCAUCUAUGUGAAGCUGAAUUUGAUGGAACAAUGGGAGAAUUCCUUAGACCGCCCAGGAGUGGACAGAGAGCCAAUUGUAUUUGGUGUUGAGGCUCGAAAAGUUGUUGAAAAAGAAAACGCUGGGCUGAUGGUUCCACUGCUGAUGGACAAGUGCAUUACAGAGAUUGAAAAGAGGGGAUGUCAGGUUGUGGGAUUGUAUCGUUUGUGUGGUUCUGCUGCUGUGAAGAAAGAACUCCGGGAGGCUUUUGAAAGAGACAGCAAAUCUGUUGGCCUGUGUGAGUCCCAGUAUCCAGAUAUCAAUGUUAUUACAGGAGUGCUUAAGGAUUAUUUGCGAGAACUGCCUUCCCCUCUUAUUACAAAGCAUUUGUAUGAAGCUGUCCUAAAGGCCAUGGCAGAGAAGCCUUUGAAAAUGGCUUCAAGUGGUUGUGAGAAUGACUCCAGGGACUCUGAGAACACUGUUAGCCUAUUAGACUGCCUGCCAGAUGUGGAGAAGGCAACACUGAAGAUGCUGUUGGACCACUUGAAACUGGUUGCCUCUUACCAUGAAGUAAACAAGAUGACCUGUCAGAACUUAGCAGUUUGUUUUGGUCCAGUUCUCCUGAGCCAGCGGCAAGAAACGUCCAGUCACAACAACAGAGUCUUCAUUGAUUCCGAGGAACUUGCUAGUGCCUUAGACUUCAAAAAACACAUAGAGGUCCUUCACUACCUUCUACAGCUAUGGCCAGUAAAAAAUGCAUCUGCCAAAGAACCAGCUCCAAACAGCACACUGACUGAGCAGCAACCUUGUCUGCGAAGGAAGAAACCUCGUCCUCAGAUGCUGAAUUUAGGCAGCAGUGACAUGUCUGGGGUUCUGAGGCCACGAGUCACAAGACUAGAUAGCCCUUCAAGCAACCGCUAUGCAGGAGACUGGAGCAGCUGCAGAGAGAGCUAUUUAAUUUGCCCAAAAGAUGAAGCAGAUUACGACGACGUGCCUUCAGAAGACACAGACAGCCGAGGAGACAUUGUCAGGAGCCAGUUAGAUGAUGUUGGCUAUCAGCAGGUAACCAAAGAACAUCCACUCAAAGCUUUUGUAUCAUCAGAAGGGGAUGGAACAGAGGAACAAGAAGUGAACCUGCAGGACUUGCAAGAAAGCAUUGACACCUUGAUAGGAAACUUGGAGCUGGAACUGAAAAAAAACAAACAUAACGCACACUUAUAACUCUUUGUUUCCUUCCUGAGGGGAAUACUUCCCCUAUAACAUAAGUAUCUGGUGGCCAUUCCCUCACAUUAAUAUUAUUAUUAUUAUUAUUAGAAAUUUUCUUCUUAUUAGAAGAACAAAUGUAACUUAACCCUUUGGGGGUGUACAAUUUCAACAACAACACUACAAAUUGUGCUUUGCGGUACAUUGGAUGUAAUGCAUUACAGUGCACUUAAGCUUGUGAAAUCUGUUAGGCCAGAGAGUCUCUAUGGACACAUGCAACGGGACGCUAGGCAACUAAACUCUACUUGGUACGUAUCCUCCUAGCGUUUCAUGCAGCACAGGUAGGCUUUUGUUCAGUUCUUUGCAGUGCAAAAGCUGAUAGGGUGAAUGUUCCUCUGUAAAUAGGCCUCAUGCUUAUUGCAGAGCAAUUGGCUGCAGGCCUGAAAGUGAAGGGGUUAACAAUAUGCAUGUACAGAUGCAAGGAAGUUAAUGUAUUUCUUAUUAUUAACACUAUAAAUAAUUAUUUAAAAAUGCAAUAAUGUAAAUCUUAUUUUUCUAAUACAAGCUGUAUUUUUUUUUGUAAUUAUUUUACACAUUGUUGUUGCAGGUUGAGUAUUUGAAAGAGUUUUUCAUAUUGCCAUAAGGCCCAGCACAUUCUAUUGUAUGUACAAACUGCGCUCUCCAGUACAAUUCCCAGUGUGCUUCUGGCAAACUAUAUGAAUGGUAGGAUAUAUUCAAAACACUAUCUAGGGUACAUGAUUGUUGUAAAAGAAAAUAUAACUGUUGCUCUGUAAAAAAACAUUCAGUACAGGUCCAUGCUGAAGAACCCAAAUUCUAGUAUUUAACUGGACUUGGAACAAACUCUCUUUAUAGUCAUUUCCUGUGACUGAUGCUGAUGCAGUAAUUGAGUACUACUCUACCUUGCUGUUCAGCACCCUCUUGAUUAUGGCACAGGCAGUACAAAAUGUGAGGAAGGAAUUGCUUAUUUCUCCUUGCAAUGGUAAAGUGUGACUAAAUGACCCUUUCCAUUCCACAGUGGCUGUUUAGAAACAAGGAGGAAGGCAAUGAUUAGCCAAAGUGCACUUUUAUAUUAAAAAUAUUUCUAUAGUUCCCCUUACCAUAUACCAACUGCCUCUUAUUUUCUACCUGCUUGGCUGGCUAUCAGAUUAAUGGAUGUCUGUUAUCUCUGUAUAUCAGUACAUAAUGCUCAGGUUUCUGCAUAUUCCAACUUUUACCUUUUACCUUGGGUCAGCCUAUGCAUGGCAGCAUAUGGCAUAAAACAUUUUACCGCCAUUUCUUAGGCAACAAUAUUUAUAUACCGUUAAAGCAGAAAGUUGGGGGGGGGGGUAGCCCCAUUUAUAGACCAUAUAUAGGACAUAUAAUGCCGUUUAUAUUUAUACUACCAUAUGUAGUAUAAUUAUAUUCUAUAGAUUUGUCUUGCAGUGACUGUGUUUGGAAAAGAAGUACAGACACAGAAUAGUCGUCACUGCAUGUGAUCUCCAGAACUGUUGCGUUUAUGGCAGUGACACACAGACGACUUAUCUCCCCGAAUUGCCAUCCCACUGGCUAGAAUGUAAAUCGCCGGUGGGAUGGCAUACAUGGUGGCGCGAUUUGCCGAAGACGCCGAAGUUUCUCUCAAGGCGACUUCGGCAAAUCGCGCUGCUGCAUAUGCCACCCCACCGGCGAUUUACAUUCUAGCCAGUGGGAUGCCAUUUUGGGUAGAUAAGUCACCUGCGACAAGGAAGGUUUGUCCCGCGGCGACUAAUCUCCUUGUGUCACAGCCCUAGGUGAAUGGUGCAGUUUACACUAAAGCACAAUCCUUUUCUAGAUACAGCAAAAGAUUACAGUACCAGCUUCCCUCCAGAUGGAUAUCUACAGCUCCCAGCACCACCCAGAGGCUUACAGUUUGCCCAUCUGUGCAGUAGCAAUAUGGCAGCAUCACAGGUUUUACGCAAUAAUAAGUGCAGGAUAGCAUUUUGCCCAUUGUGUGGUACAUAACAUUAGAGUUACCAUAUCUUUGUUCAUUUUUUGUUACUGUUAUGAAUGCUGACUCAUUUACUGUAACCCAGAAUUGCAAAUGGAAUUUGUACAGUUUUCCUAGGAAGAAUGUCUGGAAACCUUUUUGUUAUACAAAGUAUAUGUUUGUCCUUAGUUCUUUAGAAUAGACUUAUUGUCAGAAUAUGCAACAUAUUUUCUAACGGUACCCCUUAUGUUUAUCGCAUCAGAUGUGCAGAAGUGUAUCAUUAUUUAGAUACAAUACCUAAAAUAUCCUUUAAUAUAGAUAUGUAUAUGUAUUUAAAUAUAGAGUCUCUAAGUAUACUUUGACAACAUAAUUCAAGUGGCUAAUAAACUCAAGUGAGUACUCAUGUACAUAAAAUAUGUUUUAAAUAUUGAGUUGUUAAUAUAAAUUUGAGCAGGAAAAGGUCUGGUUUUAUGUUAUGAAUCCAAGCUAAUAGUGUGAAGGUGUGCUGUUCUAUUCAGCCAAGAGUGGCCUGCGUUUUUGGCUAAGCCAAAGCAUUUCUUUUGUUACCUAUGCAUUCAAAGUCAUGGAGCUGAGCAAGCACUCAAGCCAUAGCGAGAUAAUACCAAACAUGGGCAGAACUUGAAGAAAACUGGGAAGGCAUAGGUUAGUUUAGAAAAAUAUAUGUGAAAUAAUCUAUACAUGCGUAUAUUGUGGUAGGGAAGCAGUGCAUAUACUGACCAUAGCAAACCUAGCAACUGUAAAAAGGCAAGACGGGCUCUAAAGAAAUAGUGCUUCAAAAAACAGUUAAAAAAUACAUUUUCUGUACAAAGGUCCUCCAGUUACCCUGGAAAUAUUUCUUUGCCCAUAAUAUCAUUAAUGUUCCUUGAUAGGACACCUCCAGCUAGUUUGCAUGUGUGCAGUUCAGCCAGCUUAUAGAAGGUUAUCUGGUUGUCCUGAGUGAAUUAAUAGGACAGGGAUAUUUGCUAUGCAUUGCUGUUGGUACAUGUAACAUAUACAGCAAUCCUGUGCUGCAAUAUAGUUUGGGGUGGGGGAGGCUUUAAAUAACUGUUCUAGGAACCCACAAAUUAUUUCAUUUUCUGAUGGCCUGCAGAGUCCUUUUGUUAAGUUUUAGCAUGUUAUAGAAUGGUCAGUUCUAAUCAAUUUUUCAAUUGGUCUUCAUUUGUUUUUUUUUUUUAAAUAUGUUUUUAUUAUUUGCCGCCUGACUGUUUCCAGGUUAGAAAUGGGGGGGUGGUCACUGCCCCCUGCAGCCAAAAAAACUGUGAGGCUGCAAUCUUAUUGUUAUUUUUACUUUUUAUUACUUAUCUUUCUAUUCAGGUUCUCACUUGAAAUCAUAAAAAAACCACAAAUAUUAAAAAAUGAAAACCAAUUGCAAAUUGUCUAAGAAUUUCACACUCUAAUCAUACUAAAAUUUAACGCAAAGAUGAACAACCCCUUUAAAGGGGGUUUUGUAUGGGAGAUCUGUUUCACAAUGACUUUCCAUCUCAUACACUGAACCACAGAAAAUUUCCUAGUCUUCCUAGACUAGAGAGAAACUGAUGCAUAAAAAGGCAAAUGUAUUUCUUUUCUACCCUGGGAUCACAAGGCUUAAUGGCUGUGUGGGCUCUAUACCACCUGCAGCAAAAGCAGAAGAACACUGUCCAGAUCUACCCCUAACCCCAUUGUCUGUUAUAUGUAUUGGGAAAGUAUUUCUGAAAGCAGCUAUUGCCGUGUUAUUGUAAAACAUUGAAGUAUUUGGAAUGUGUAACCUAUUGACAAACCUGGGUGUAUUAUUUCUAUAUUUCUUCCUGACCCAUGGAUUACAUUUCUCACAGUUUGGUAAAAUAGUGCAUUUAUUUCUGUUUUUGUUUACACAAUACAAUGUGAACUCAGUUUUGUUAAUGGCAUGUAAAAGCUUCAGCGAUAUUAAAUGCUUCAUGAAAUGUAUUUUAUACUUUGUAAUUUAUGCACAUAUAUAAAUAUAUAUAUAUAUAAUGUCUUGUAUUUUACAACUGUUACAUUAAGAAAAAUCUGGUUAAUAAAAAAAAUGAAAAUUC